AAUGUGACGUCCAUUGCAACGGAAUUUGAUUCCGUUUUGUUGAUGAUCGUGUCGAGAAUCUUCUCCGUAGCCUGUGAACGCGAUGCGAGCACAAGUGACGAGAAACUACGUGUAUUAUCUGAAGACUAGUGGCAUUUGCGUCGUGGUGCUCGGAGGAUGCUGGUUUCUGUAUCAACUGCGACAGGUAUCGCAGAUUAUUCGGUCGGCUAUCAACACAAGUAUUCUAAAUUUAGAGCAAACCCGAGCACAGUACAUCUACAUUGAUGAUCCUCGAUUUAAAGAUAUUUUCAUGUUUAGGAAGGAUGAGGAUUUACAUGGACCUACAUCAGAGAAGCCAACAAGUCUCAGUGAUGCUCUGGCGAAAUGGUGGAAGAUGAAAAAUCAUAAGAUUGCAUAUAAAUUAUUGUAUAUGGCUCAACAUGGGAACAAAAAUGAACGAUAUAAAGCUGUGACUACACUUGGUUCUCUGUCACAUUUAAAAGAUUGGCAGUAUCGUCAUUUGGCACAGAUGAUGGAUGCUAAAACAGCAGUAGCUCUCGCAAGAAUGCCUAAUGUUAACUUAUUGUUCUUUUUGCAACCACCAUAUUAUCAUGUGCAGUACAAUUUAGAUGAAGUAUUAGAAAAGGUACAUUCGCUGUUGUUAAAUUUGAAUGCUUUAUGUGACAACACACAUCUCUGCCUCACACAAUUUCUCAGUAAAAUGUUUAAAGACUCGCAUCGAUAUCUUGUAGAAUGGUUUGACCAUGAUUUGACAAGUGUGGGUCUCUCUGUGGAAACGACAACAGUUCGGGAUGAUGAAUUACUUAAAAGUUGCAUUCGUGCAAUCUGUCAUCAUUCCUCUGUGGAACAAUAUAGCAAACAUUUGAUUAAAGCUGGAGCUUUGCCAAUAUUGACAGCGAUACAAAAAAUUUGCAAUGAUGACAUAGAAAUAUGUAUAUUACUCGCAAGGAUAUUAUCCAACAUAUCUCUUCAUUCCGAAUAUUUAGAAACUAUCUAUGAGUCCGGAUGGAUAGGCAUAUUGUCACAUUGGUCCCACAGCGAUGACAUUCGUCUAUCAGCACAGGCGAUCAGUGCAUUGGUGAAUCUAGAUACAAAUGAAAACGAGAAAGUGAAUUAUCCGCAGAGCGUCUAUCUUCUCCAUCCUCUACACAGAAUUCACGCAGCAACAAAAAUGGACGUUAUAUUUCUGCACGGAUUGUUAGGUGGAGUUUUUGUUACUUGGAGACAACGUGACAUUGAUACCUCUGCACUUGGAGUUGUGGAUGGUAAUACAUUGGUCGAAAACACUACAGACUACUUAUCUGCUAUGGUUGAUGACGAUCGUCCUGAAGAAUUCUUUAAAGACUUGGCUCGCGAUCUGCAUUUGCGCGAAUGGAGAAAGAUAGGUCAAGAUUUUGAGGUGAUACUGGAUGAUUGUCCACAAAACACAAACGAUUGUGCAUGCGGACCUUAUUUCUGCAGAGGAGAUGACACCUGUAUGAAUGAUUUUGAUUCUACAUCCAAAACACUUUGUUGGCCUAAAGACUGGUUACCUGUAGACAUACCAUCCUUGCGAAUCAUAGGUAUUAACUAUGGUACGAGUUUAUCUAUGUGGACUCCUUUCUGUCCAAUAGAAAGCAUGAAGAGCACUAUUAAAGAGAGAAGCGAAGAAUUCGUUACCAAAUUGACAAUGGCGAACGUGGGCCAACGUCCACUUAUAUGGGUCGCCCAUUCAAUGGGUGGAUUAUUAAUUAAAAAAAUGCUUGUAGAAGAAUGGAAAACUGGAGAUAAGAAUGGUAUCUGCAAGAAUACCAAAGCUAUUCUAUUUUACGGUACUCCUCAUCGAGGUUCACAUGUGGCGGCUCUGAAGCAAACAACGCAAAUGCUGCUAUGGCCAACAGUUGAGGUUCAAGAACUACGCGAAGAAUCACCACAAUUACUAAGAUUGCAUGAAGAGUUUUUAGAAAUGUUGAAUAAAUAUCACAUAGAAAUUGUGAGUUUCGCCGAGGCCAAACCUACGCUUGUAACUGCGCUGAAGUUUCCUUUCCAAUUUGUCAGUCUCAAUUCAGCAGAUCCUGGCGUGGGAGAAUUCUUCGAGAUUCCGCAGGAUCAUUUAUCAAUAUGCAAGCCAGCUAGCAGGCAAUCAUUCUUGUAUCAAAAACUUUUGAGUGUGCUCAGACGCCACGUCAACACUCAGGAAGAUACAACCGUCUCGAUUAGGAAUCUAUUGUCUUUGUUGAGUAAGUUAUUUUAA